CUGAUCGGGUAUAACCCGGGGGAUUUGGUGGAGAAACCAAAAGAACAAAACCCAAGCAAUAGUUUUUGUCGCCUUUAACUCAGUCAAAAGAUCUUCGAAUUCGUGAGUGGAAUUCAAGCAACUUAGUUGAACUGGGAUUCUCUAAAAGAUGGUUGGGAAUUUAUUGGUCUCAGCUUCAACAAACCCUGCUAUGUUAUCUUCAUCAAGGAGUACUGUUCCAUGCGUUUCCUUAAAAUUGUGGCCUUGUCUUCCACCAAAACCGAAAGCAAAAUUUACUCCGGUAAGAGCUUUGUCUGCUGAUACAGGACAUAACCACUAUUCCUCAGAGGCAAAGAAUCCACUGUCUGUUGUUUUGGAUGUUCCUCGGAAUAUUUGGAGGCAAACGUUACGUCCACUGAGUGAUUUUGGGUUUGGUCGGAGGAGCAUUUGGGAAGGUGGGGUGGGGCUGUUUCUUGUGUCUGGCACAGUGCUUCUUGCUCUCAGUUUAGCUUGGUUGAGAGGUUUUCAACUGCGGUCUAGAUUUAGAAAAUAUUUGGCUGUAUUUGAGUUUUCUCAAGCCUCGGGCAUUUGUACGGGAACACCUGUGAGGAUUAGAGGGGUGACUGUUGGCAAUGUUAUCCGUGUUAACCCUUCUCUGAAAAGCAUUGAAGCAGUUGUUGAGAUUGAAGAUGAUAAAGUUAUAAUACCUCGAAACUCACUAGUGGAGGUAAACCAGUCGGGUCUUCUAAUGGAAACUCUAAUUGAUAUAACACCUAGGGAUCCAAUUCCAACACCUUUGACAGGGCCCCUAGACCCAGAAUGUGCUAAGGAAGGUCUAAUUCUCUGUGAUAGACAAAAGAUGAAAGGAUAUCAAGGAGUUAGUUUGGAUGUAUUGAUAGGGAUAUUCACUCGUCUUGGACGCGAAAUGGAGGAAAUUGGUGUUGCCAAUACCUAUUCUCUGGUUGAACGAGUUUCUUCUGUCAUUGAAGAGGCAAAACCACUACUUAGAAAGAGAAGCUGUUCUUGUGGGACUAGGACAUUGCCUGAAUCAGAUUUUACUAUGUCCAUGCACAUGAUGUCUCAGAUUCAAGCCAUGGCUGAAGAUGUUCAACCUUUGCUAGCUGAGGUUCAUGAUAGUGGUCUGCUUAAGGAAGUUGAGUAUUUAACCAAAAGCUUGACUCAAGCAUCAGAUGAUUUGAGAAGGGUGCAUUCGUCGAUUAUGACCCCUGAGAACACUGAAUUGAUUCAAAAGUCCAUAUACACCCUGAUUUUCACUUUGAAGAACAUAGAGAAUAUAACUUCUGAUAUUCUGGGAUUCACUGGAGAUGAGGCUACUAGACGGAAUCUGAAACUACUUAUUAAGUCCCUCAGCCGGUUGUUGUGAAGACAAGCAAAGGUUGAAAUAAGAUAUUAGCACAUAACAGUCAAUUAGAUGAUAAGAAAUCAUUUUUUACCCUCAUUUAUCAAAGAGGAGAGAAGCUGAUGUGUCAAGUCUUCUGGGUGGAUACACCUUUGAUGUGAUAGGGUUAAAGUUUUGCUGGAUAUCUGUUUUGAUGAAGUGAUUGGAGAGCGAGUGCUUUGAAGGGUUUGAGUUUUGAUGAGAUGGGUUGUUUGUGGCUUACAGAAGGCAGAGUCAGCUUUCAGAUAUGCGAAGUGGUUAGAAAUAUGAUUCCAAAGUUGGUAAAGACACAAUAUCUGGUUUUGUUUAAUGAGGGAAAUUAAAUUAAAUUCCCUAUUAUAUACAAAACUAAGCAAAAAUGUGCAUAGUUUUGCUCAUUAAGCAAAAAUGUCUCAAAAUGUGAAAUAACCAAAAUACCUUUUAUAUAUUCCAAUAAAACCCAUCAAUUUUAUCACGAAA